CCACAAGCUCCCCGCCGCUUUCCCCCAACGCCCUAUAAAUCUGACGAGGCACCACGCAGCUCCGGCACCGUGCUCUCUCUCCAUCAUCUCCUCGACGACGACGAAACACUUCGCACUUCAAGAAGAAAGCAACCAAGAACAGCACACGGGAGGCGAAACUAUGGCGGCUUCGUUCGCAUCGACGGCAUCCGCUGUUCCGAGCUGCGGCGCCGCCGGGGCACGGCGCGGCGGCCGGUUCGUGGCCCGCGCGUCCGCGGUGGCGAUGGCGCCGGCGCUGGGGACAACGGCGAGGACGCACUACGAGGUGCUCGGGGUCGGGGCCGCCGCGAGCAGGGGCGAGAUCAAGGCGGCGUACCGGCGCCUCGCGAGGGAGGUGCACCCGGACGCCGGCGGCCGCGGUGACGAGGGAUUCAUCCGGCUGCACGCCGCGUACGCCACGCUCGCUGACCCCGACGAGCGCGCGCGCUACGACCGCUCCGUCGCGCGCCCCGCGCCGGCCCGGGCCGUGGGGUUCCGGCCGCGGAGGUGGGAGACGGACCAGUGCUGGUAGGAGGACAUACCAAGCGUGGCCGGCGGUGAGGUUGCCGGAGCAGCAGGCUCUGCGCACCGGGCGGCCCACCUCGAAAACGGGAUCGCGACUAUUUCUCCGCGACCCAUCGGGGCCCACCUGCAACUGACCCUCCCGGGCUCCCGGCCGAUGAGUUGGAUCGUGGACGUCACCGGCAUGCCCAGCGCCGGCGGCUUCGCCGGGCUUCCCGCGGCGACCUCGGAGGUCGCUGACCAUGGUGGAGGAUGGAUCGAGGGAGCAGGGACGCCUCUCUCUUCGUACCUUGUCCAAAGUUGCACGAAGAGAGGCAUUUUUAACAUCUCUUGUGUACUUAAUCACCUUGUAAAUAUGGUUAAUCUAUGUGAAUAUAAAAUUCUCGUCUUGGACGGUAAAUUACAUUGUCCAAGAAAAAGGUAAUUUUCAA